GGCCGGUCCAUCGACCUCCAUCAAUUGCCCUUCCCCCCCAGCUCCACCGCCCCCCGAUCGGUGCCUCCUCCACGAUGCUGUCCCGCACUACCGCCUGCCGGGGCGCGCAACGAGCUGCCCGCCAGCUGCAGACACAGAAGCGCGGGCUCGCGGCCCCGGCCUCAGGCUCCUUCCAGUACCAGUCGGGCGAGGCCAAUGGCGUCAAGUUCGCCAGCAGAGACUUUGCCGGCCCGACGACGACGCUGGCGCUGGUCGCAAAGGCCGGCACGCGAUACCAGCCGCUGCCCGGCCUGACCGAGGGCCUCGCCAACUUCGCAUUCCGGGCCACCGAGCGCCGGUCGACCCUGCGCAUCGUCCGCGAAUCCGAGCUUCUGGGAGCUGCCCUGACCACCCACCACUCGCGCGAGAACCUGGUCCUCGAGGCCAAGUUCCUCCGCGCCGACCUGCCGUACUUCGUCGAGCUCUUGGCCGAGGUCGCCAGCCAAACCAAGUUCCAGCCCCACGUUUACAACGAGGAGGUCCUGCCUCUGAUCAACUUCGCCCACCAGCGCUUCGUCCACAGCCCCCUCGAGAUGGCCGUCAACUCCGCCCACAGCCUCGCCUUCCACCGCGGUCUCGGCAACUCGACCGCCUCGGCCUCAUCCACGCCCUACACCAAGUACCUCGACGCUGACACCAUCGCCGAAUUCUCCAAGAGCGCAUACGCCAAGUCCAACUUCGCGGUUGUUGCCAACGGCGCCGACCACGGCGAGUUCUCCAAGUGGGUUGGCCAGUUCUUUGACGGAGUCCCUGCCUCUCCCGCGCGUCAGCUCAGCCAGGGCACCGAGCCGUCCAAGUACCACGGCGGUGAGGAGCGCCUCGCCCACGACGGCGGCAACGCCUUCGUCAUUGCCUUCCCCGGCUCCAGCUCGUUCACCGGCGAGUUCUACAAGCCCGAGAUUGCCGUCCUCGGCUCUCUUCUUGGUGGCCAGUCCGCCGUCAAGUGGUCGCCGGGUUUCACCAUCCUCGGACAGGCCAAGGCCACAGCCUCCACCCAGGUCAAGACCACCAGCGGCAUCUACUCCGACGCUGGUCUUCUGUACACCUCCAUCACCGGCUCUGCUACGGCCGUCGCCGAGACCGCCAGGGCUGCCGUCGACGCCAUCAAGAAGAUCGCAGCUGGCGAAAUCUCCAGCGAGCAGAUCGCCAAGGCAAAGGCCGCCGCGAAGUUCAAGGAGCUCGAGAACGGUCAGGACAUCCGCGCCGGUCUCCAGCUCUCUGGCAACGGCCUUGUCAACAACUCCAAGGCCUACCAGAUCGACGAGGUUGCCAAGGCUAUCGAUGGUGUAUCAGAUGAGGCCGUCAAGUCUGCCGCCAAGACAUUACUCGAGAACAGGGCUUCCGUCUCUGCGGUCGGCGACCUCUUCGUUCUGCCGUACGCUGAGGAGUUGGGUCUUAAGGUGUAAAUACAGUCACGUUGAGGAGCGCGUUAGAUGCAAAAUCUCGUUUGGUCGGGACUUGUGUAACAUCAUCUUGUGAUAGUCCCAAUUUCCAGAUAGAGUAUUAUAUCGAUUCUCAUUUGUUCAUCUGCACCCUUCUACUCGUACAUUUGAUGCGUUUAUAGAGAAUGGAGUAGCAAUGAAUGACUUUAUAUACCGACCAUUGGCUAUAUCAUAAUUGACAUCGCACUUGAGCAUCUUGUAUGAUAAUUCCAGAGCGUGAACGGCUGUUCUCACGUGCCAACGCGUUGCGUUUCGACGAUGCAACUGCCUCA